CUCCUGGGUGACAGGAACGCGGUAGCCUGGCGGGGGAGUUCUGGUGCGCCUGCGCACUAGCAAGAUCGGGGGUGCCACUGGAGCCUGGAAAUGAAGCGUGUUUUCUCCCUGCUGGAAAAGACAUGGCUUGGUGCACCAAUACAGUUUGCCUGGCAAAAAUCGUCUGGAAACUUCCUUGCAGUAACGGGAGCUGACUAUAUUGUUAAAAUCUUUGAUCGCCAUGGCCAAAAAAGAAGUGAAAUUAGUUUACCUGGCAACUGUGUUGCCAUGGAUUGGGAUAAAGAUGGGGAUAUCCUGGCGGUGAUUGCUGAGAAGUCUACUUACAUUUAUCUGUGGGAUGCCAACACAAACAAAACCAGCCAGCUAGACAAUGGCAUGAGGGAUCAAAUGUCCUUCCUUCUUUGGUCAAAAAUUGGAAGUUUCCUGGCAGUUGGGACCAUUAAAGGAAAUUUGCUCAUUUAUAAUCAUCAGACAUCUCGAAAGAUUCCUGUUCUCGGAAAACAUACUAAGAAAAUCACAUGUGGAUGCUGGAAUACAGAGAAUCUUCUCGCUUUGGGUGGCGAGGAUAAAAUGAUUACUGUUAGUAACCAGGAAGGCGACACCGUGAGACAGACACCGGUGAAAUCAGAGCCAAGUGACAUCAAGUUCUCCACCAGCAAGACAGAUGACCGAAUUUCUUCUGCUGAGAACACAAUAAGUGCAGUAAUUGGCAAGAAAAUGUUGUUUCUUUUUUAUCUGAAUGAACCAGAUAACCCAGUUGAUCUGGAGUUUCAGCAAGCCUAUGGCAACAUCGUCUGCUAUAGUUGGUAUGGUGAUGGCUACAUCAUGAUUGGCUUUUCCCGUGGGACAUUUCUGGCCAUUUCUACUCACUUUCCAGAAGUUGGGCAAGAGAUAUUUAAGGCUCGUGACCAUAAGGAUAGUCUAACCAGUGUGGCGCUGUCCCAGACUCUGAACAAAGCUGCUACAUCUGGAGAUAACUGCGUAAAAAUCCAUGAUUUAACAGAAUUAAGAGACAUGUAUGCUAUAAUUAAUCUGGAUGACGAAAACAAAGGGUUGGGUACCCUUUCCUGGACUGAUGAUGGCCAGUUGCUAGCACUGUCUACCCAAAGAGGCUCACUCCACGUCUUCCUGACCAAGCUGCCCAUCCUCGGGGAUGCUUGUCACACAAGGAUUGCCUAUCUCACCUCCCUCCUUGAGGUCACUGUGGCCAACCUCAUUGAAGGAGAGCCACCGAUCACAGUUUCCGUCGAUGUGGAACCCAACUUUGUUGCCGUGGGUCUCUAUCAUCUGGCUGUGGGGAUGAACAAUCGAGCUUGGUUUUAUGUCCUUGGUGAAAAUGCUGUAAAAAAGUUGAAAGAUGUGGAAUAUCUGGGAACGGUAGCCAGCAUUUGCCUUCAUUCUGACUAUGCAGCUGCACUCUUUGAAGGAAAAAUCCAGUUACAUUUGAUAGAAAAUGAAAUCUUGGAUGCUCAAGAAGAACGUGAGACUCGUCUCUUCCCAGCAGUGGAUGAUAAGUGCCGGAUCUUAUGCCACGCCCUAACUAGUGAUUUCCUCAUCUAUGGAACAGAUACUGGCGUUAUUCAGUAUUUCUUCAUUGAGGACUGGCAGUUUGUCAAUGACUAUCGACAUCCUGUUGGUGUGAAAAAACUUUUUCCUGAUCCAAAUGGAACCAGAUUAGUUUUCAUUGAUGAGAAAAGUGAUGGAUUUGUUUACUGUCCUGUUAAUGAUGCUACCUAUGAGAUUCCAGACUUCUCACCAACCAUUAAAGGUGUUCUUUGGGAAAACUGGCCAAUGGAUAAAGGUGUAUUUAUUGCUUAUGAUGAUGAUAAGGUGUACACUUACGUGUUUCACAAGGACACCAUCCAAGGAUCCAAGGUCAUUUUGGCUGGUGGUACUAAACUUCCCUUCUCCCACAAACCUUUGCUGUUAUACAAUGGAGAACUGACCUGCCAGACACAGAGUGGGAAAAUCAACUCAAUCUACCUCAGCACCCACAGCUUCCUUGACAACAUAAAAGAUGCGGAGCCUAGUGACCUGAGACAGAUGCUGAUGCAGACCCUGAUGCUCAAGCGGUUUUCUGAUGCUUGGGAAAUAUGCAAGAUGCUAAAUGACCGCUCAGCGUGGAAUGAGCUGGCCAGAGCCUGUCUGCAUCACAUGGAGGUGGAAUUUGCUAUCCGUGUUUCCCGGACCGUAGGAGAUGUUGGCACAGUGAUGUCCUUGGAGCAGAUAAAGGGAAUCGAGGACUACAAUCUUUUGGCAGGACAUCUCGCCAUGUUUACUAAUGAUUUCAACCUGGCUCAGGACCUGUACCUGGCAUCCAACUGUCCUGUGGCUGCCCUGGAGAUGAGGCGGGACCUGCAGCACUGGGACAGUGCCCUGCAGCUGGCGAAGCGCCUGGCUCCGGACCAAAUCCCCUUCAUAUCCAAAGAGUACGCCAUCCAGCUGGAGUUCACGGGUGAUUAUGUAAAUGCUUUGGCUCAUUACGAGAAAGGGAUCACGGGUGAAAACAAGGAACACGACGAAGUGUGCCUGGCCGGAGUAGCUCAGAUGUCCAUUAGGAUGGGAGACAUCCGUCGAGGGGCUAACCAAGCCCUCAAACACCCCAGUAGGGUCCUUAAAAGAGACUGUGGAGCCAUCCUGGAGAACAUGAAGCAAUUUUCAGAAGCCGCCCAGCUGUAUGAAAAAGGCCAGUAUUAUGACAAAGCCGCCUCUGUCUACAUCCGCUGUAAGAACUGGGCAAAAGUUGGUGAACUCCUGCCUCAUAUCUCCUCUCCAAAGAUCCACUUGCAAUAUGCCAAAGCCAAAGAGGCGGAUGGAAGGUACAAAGAAGCCGUGCUGGCUUAUGAGAAUGCGAAGCAGUGGAACAGCGUCAUCCGCAUCUACCUGGACCACCUCAACAACCCCGAAAAGGCCGUCAGCAUCGUCAGAGAGACCCAGUCUCUGGAUGGAGCCAAGAUGGUAGCCAGGUUCUUUCUCCAGCUUGGUGACUAUGGGUCUGCCAUCCAGUUCCUGGUCCUAUCCAAAUGUAACAAUGAGGCCUUCACCCUGGCUCAGCAGCACAACAAAAUGGAAAUCUACGCAGACAUCAUUGGCUCUGAAGACACAACUAAUGAAGACUACCAAAGCAUCGCCUUAUAUUUUGAAGGGGAAAAGAGACACUUCCAGGCUGGAAAAUUCUUCUUGCUGUGUGGCCAGUAUUCACGGGCACUAAAGCACUUCCUGAAAUGCCCAAGCUCAGAAGAUAAUGUAGCAAUAGAAAUGGCGAUUGAAACUGUGGGCCAGGCCAAAGACGACCUGCUGACCACUCAGCUGAUAGACCAUCUGAUGGGGGAGAGCGACGGCAUGCCGAAGGAUGCCAAGUACCUGUUCCGCUUGUACAUGGCACUGAAGCAAUACCGUGAAGCUGCCCGGACCGCCAUCAUCAUCGCCCGAGAAGAGCAAUCUGCAGGGAACUACCGGAAUGCGCAUGAUGUUCUCUUCAGUAUGUACGCAGAACUGAAGUCACAGAAUAUCAAAAUCCCCUCCGAGAUGGCUACCAACCUCAUGAUCCUGCACAGUUACAUACUCGUAAAGAUUCAUGUUAAAAGCGGAGAUCAUAUGAAGGGGGCACGCAUGCUCAUUCGAGUGGCCAACAACAUCAGCAAGUUCCCGUCCCACAUCGUGCCUAUCCUGACAUCGACUGUGAUUGAGUGUCACAGGGCGGGCCUGAAGAACUCUGCUUUUAGCUUUGCGGCUAUGCUGAUGAGGCCCGAAUACCGCAACAAAAUUGAUGCCAAGUACAAGAAGAAAAUCGAGGCGAUGGUCAGGAGACCGGACACAUCCGAGACAGAAGAGGUCACCACCCCAUGUCCGUUCUGUCAGUUUCUUCUCCCAGAAUGUGAGCUGCUUUGUCCCGGCUGCAAAAACAACAUUCCCUAUUGCAUUGCAACAGGCCGGCACAUGCUGAAAGACGACUGGACGAUGUGCCCGCACUGCGGCUUCCCUGCGCUGUACUCUGAAUUCAAGAUCUUACUAAACAGUGAAAGCACAUGUCCCAUGUGUUCAGAAAGAUUAAACUCUAGUCAACUGAAAAAGAUUUCAGACUGCACGCAGUACCUACGGACAGAGACGGAACAGUGAGCCACAGGCCCAGUUCUGCCGAAAUCUCUCAAAAGGAUCUACAGAGACUUGUCUGAGACACGGCAUCGAUGGCCAUGACUUGGUCUCUACACAGAAUGCGCAGAGGACCUGGGCAGCGCGGGGCACCACAGGCCACUUCAGGAGCUGCAAGGAGAUUCCAUCCCAACACAGACAUUUAGGUCUGCACGAAUGCCAAGGCAUUCAAGCCUACCUUCUGUACGGCAUGCUUAGGAGGGCUUCAAAGAGGAACCCAAUAGACCACCAUUGCUAUCCUGUUGCUAUUGUCCUGUAUUAAACAACAUACAGUCUCUAACUCUAAAAAAAAUUUAUUUUUACAGCUUGUUCACAACAUUCAUAAUUUAAAUUAUAACUAUAUUAAAUAAGCAAACACUAUUUUUUGUUCUGAAAGCAAGCAGAAUGCUGGGCCUUUCCUGGAAUGUAUAUCCAACUGAGGGAGGCAUGGUUUGCAUGUCCAAAGGAACAGAAAUGGAAGAAUGCGCACGAGUAUCCCCUCUGGGUGAGGAAACCAUCACCGCAGCAGCCAAGUUUCAACAGAGAGGGCAGGACGCAGAGGCUCAGGCUUAAGCGCAGUGUUUAUUUCCAUACUGACCCGAUCUCCGGGAAGUAUACUUUCACCCUGGUUAAUAUACCUGCAAUGUCUCCAGGACUUGUCUCCUCUCCCAACAAGGCCAUGAGUCCUCAAAGGCAGAGCAUGGUCCUCAUAUUGUUUCUGGCAUACACCUCACAGAGGCAGCAUAGACCUCUGAGCACUUACUGAUUUAAAAAGCUAAGCACCCAAAGGCCAGGUUACAUCCAUGGCCCUAGGGUCCUUCAACAAGCACAGUUCUAGAUAUAGCCUGAAAUUCCAGUAGGGAGACGAGCUCCUCACAGGACAGUAUCUCCCAGUCAGAAUGAACCUGUGAAGCUGACCCAUCUAGACUACUGGUCUCACCCUGAAGGUUGAGACUGCAGAAGGACAGCAUGUGUGACCUCUCAGCGACCACCUACAGCAGCAGUGUGAUUAGUGCAGAGGGAGCUGUGAUGUGAGCUCUCCACCUGGAGAACUGCGAUUCACAGGGUUAGGCCAAAUACUUUACUCUAAUCAAAUUAAUAAGGAAAGUAAUAUACUAACAUAAUAUUUUGCUGUACAAGAUGACAAUCUUAAGAAUGAUCCAUGCAGUCCAUGGACACUCGAUUCCUGAUACUUCCUUUGCCAGCUUGACAAUGAACCAAGAAUACUCAGCUCCAGGUGGUGGCUGCUUUGUAUUAAGGUUUAUUUACAGAAUUUCACCAUAAAAUAAGAACUACUGAGUUUUUAAAGAAAUCAGCCCUGGUCCUUUAACAGCCAUGAGCACAAACUGUUGGGCUACAAAAGAUGCCUCAGUCCCUCUGCACCCAGACUUAACUAAGAUCGGACUCUGAAGCCCGUGUGCUCCUAGUUCUGACUCCACACGGUCACUCUGAAUCCCAGCACGCUAGCUGGGUUGGCAGGGACUGUGCAGGCUGAAGCGUCCUGUCCCCUCUAUAAGAGGAACAUGAGAGCUGGCUAGCGAGCCUGCCUAGCUGUACCGUCCUCUAUGAUGGGACCACCAGGCCACCCCACUGUGCUGCACAUGGCUACUCUGGUAAAGGGCACGGCUUUCCAGCGGGGCUAGUUGAGAGGGUAAGACACAGCUAUUGGUACUGAACAAUGGUUUCAUUUCUUCCAACUUCUUCCUUUUCCUUUUUUGGACUCCUUAUCUUUGUCUGGUUUUGAAGACUUUGAAGAUCCUGUCUUUUUCUGUUGGAGGAGAGACACGCAAAACAGUUAAUAUGUUGAUGAGUACAUAAAAUGACAGCAUAGUCUGUAUCUACAACUUAAUUAGAAAAGUAAGGUCACAGGUAUCUACUGCUGCCCCUGAGAAGCAACAAGCCAGCUACUUACAGAGAAAACAUCUAGACCUACUCAGAUCUAGACCUAAGGUGUGCCCCGUGUAAGGCAGUUUCCUGGAUUCAGAACACAGUGUUCGUAGGAAAGCCAGAAUACUCAAGAGGUGGCUUACAGAUACGGUAAUGUCUACAUGACAAGCUUCUCUUUUAAUCUCUCACAGAAGAUCUAGGCACACUCAUUUUGUGAAGCGGGGAGAGACGAGAAGAGGGAAACCAAUCCAAUUACAAGGGGCCUCUAUUCCUAGAUGUGCGACACGGGAGAAGAAAGCCGCGCACAGGCGAAAGGAGAGAAGGCUGCAGCCCGGUGCCUUGGCAGCUGCGAACAGUAGGCUGACUCCAUGCCUCAUUCAGAUCUUUACUAGCAAAGGACAAAUUGUCAACUUCUGCUCUGAGAGACUUUACAGGCAAUUCAAUGGCUGUAGGCAACACGAAUAAUUGAAGUGAACAAUA